UUCAUUUUUGCAUAAAAUACUCUUUUUGCGUAAACCUUCUCCAGAGCUCCUCCACCAAGUUACUUCAGCCCAAAUCAGAACCACUUGUACUGGCGCCAGUCAUCAAACUUCUCCUGCGAUUGCAACUCUACCACUUGACCAAAGCCAUUGUCAGCGACAAGUUCAUAGCCGGAGUUAACCCUAGCUAUUCUCCAUUUAACCAGAUUCGCCGAAAGCCAAUACAAGUCCUGGCUGAUCAGACUCGACGGCGGCAUCGCCUCCUCCUCCGGUUCCGGUGCCGUCGUAUAUUGUGAGCUGCUAUAAAAAAGAAAAAGAACAGAAAAAACCAGAAUUGUUGUGUUUUCUUUGCGGAAGGAUUACCAGAAAGCAACCAUGGAUGUCGAUUCGCAGCCAACUAUGGAUGAAACAAUUUUGGUUGGUGAUGAUUUAAUGACCGGUCCUCCAUCGCCUGUAGUACCACCGGAAAUAGCCUCCCAUGUCCUCCAAGGUGUUGAUUUGUGUGAUGGACUUCUCAGGAAUCUAUUUCUCUGCUUGCAAAUCAAUGACAUUGAACCAUUUUGUCAAGAUGAAAUUGCUUUAUAUAAGCAAUGUGCUGAACGAAGGGAUAAGGAGAUACGGAAGCGACUUCAAGAUAGUGAAUUGAAGUUGGGUUUAUCAAUGCCUCUAGAUGAAGCCAAGGGGAGGGCCUCUCAGCUUGAGGCAGAAGUUACAUCAUUGGAGAGGCGCCUAAUUCUUGCUAGUGGAAUUGAGGGCAUUGAAGGUUUUCGCCAAAGAUGGAGCCUACAUGGCCGCCUUACUGAUUCCAAAAAUAGGUUGCAGUUCUUAAAACAGGGUAUAGAUAGCAGAAAAAAAAGAAUUAGUCCAUUGGAGGAGAAUCAACUACCAAAAAUUGACUCUUGAUGUGAAGAUUGAACCGGCAUUAGGUUGCACCAUGUUUAGUUCGUCCCCCCAAUACUUUAAAGUUACAACUUUUCUUUUACUUUUUUUCUUAACUUGGAUGUUUUUCUUUAUCUAAUAUUCCAAAUGAUAAAUCAACCAAGAGUUUGAGAUUUUAAGUCUGUAUUCUGCAUUUACACAGAGAUUAAUUAUAAAAGAUUGGAUUUCACCA